AUGGUACAACUGGAAGAUCGUGAGCUCUUAUCCCAGGAUGCUCGAGACGAGUUUGAAAACCCACUACCCCAGAAGCAUUGCAAUGAUGGACGCAUCAUAUAUCUGUCUCGUAAGGGCUAUGGACCACUGAAGGACAUCAUCGGACUGAUUGAAGUCGUCGACUUUGACCUAGCAGUCCCAGGUGAUAUUCUUCAGCAUGGCUGUAUCCAGGUGGAGGUAUAUCGUGCGCCAGAGGUCAUCCUUGACAAAGGGUACACGUAUAGUGCUGAUAUAUGGAGCCUAGGAGUCAUGCUAUGGGAUUUUCUAGAAGGACGAACGCUGUUUGAAUCAGUUGAUCCACGCAUAGUUGAAGAUUAUGAUGACGAAACGCAUCUUUCGUAUAUAACGUCGCUUUUGGGUCCUGCCCCUAAAGACUUUGUUCGCCACGGCAAGAGGACAUCGAUGUUCUAUACGGACGCUGGAACACUCAAAAAGGAAGACCUUGUCCCUAGCAACUUUAGCUUUGAAAGCACCCUCUCCAAGUUUGACGGGGAAGAAAAGAGAAUGUUUAUUAGCUUCGUCAACCGGAUGAUCAAAUGGAAACCCGAAGAGCGGAGUACGGCGAAGGAGCUACUGCAGGAUCCAUGGCUUCACAAUGAUUAUCCGAAAAUAUGA